AUGGGCAUGGCUGACAAGAGGUCGGCUGCAAGGAAGGCCGGGCUAAUCACCAAGGCGCUGGACCGGUGCUGGACCACACCGGCGAGAAACAGCAAGCCAGUGGAGGGCUGCUUCUCGGUGUAUGUUGGCGCCGGGAAGCAGCGGUUCGUGGUGCGGACAGAGUGCGUGAACCACCCGCUGUUCCGAGCGCUGUUGGAGGAGGCCGAGGAGGUGUUUGGGUACGCGGAUGCAGGGCCCCUCGAGCUUCCCUGCAACGCCGAGGCGUUUGCCAGGGUGCUGCAGCAGAUCAAGGAGGAGAAGCAGAUGGUGGCAGGAAGGAGAUGCACAUUCGAACCUGUAACUCUUGUGACGUCCAUAUAUGGCCCAAUGUCGCAACUCCAAAGUGGAAUCGCGCAAUUCAAUUCAUCCCACACUGAUUGCAAGUGGUUUAAUGGAACUACGCUAAUAUUAAUGAACUAUGGUGUUUCUCCGCAGAUCAUCUGCAUGCAAGUAUCCACUGAUUUGCUACCGAAUUUGUUUUAA